GUUUGAGAUUACACAUAUUUCUGAAAUUUUAUUACUUAAAAUUCUAUCAAAAUGAGUUUAUAAACAGUGUUCCAUGAAAGGUGAUGAUAAAGAAAUUAUUAUAAUUAGUAAAUCAUUAUAUGUCUUUCGUGUGGUUGGAAAAUGGAAAUGAUUCCAAGAAUAAUACUCCCUCCAUUUCAAUAUAAUUAUCUUUUUAAGUUUUUACACAAUUUUUCAUUUAGAGAAUUGAUGUUUUUCCUCAUAUUAUAGGUGGGAAAAUUUUGUUUUCUCCAUUGUAAUAUAUGUGUGAAAUAUUAAAAAAAGAGAGAAAUUGUGAAAGCGAGGAGACAAGGGAAAGAGAUAGAUAGAGAGAGGGAGAGGAGUGUGGGGUCGGGUACAGAAAAAGGUAUAGAGAGAAGAUGAGAGGCAGCCAGGCAGGAUGGAGAAUGAAGAUGUGGAUAAGAAAACAUUAAAAGAAGAGACGUCGUUUAUUUUGAAAAAAAUUAAUGACCUCAAAGCGACUUUUUUAUAAAGAAACAGAGGUAAAUAUUUUGCGGUUUACUAACCAUCACCUUGUCAUUGUGUAAAAUGCUGACCCCACGCAUAUUGUCAGUACGUAAUUCACGCACGUGAAUCUCGUUGGACACUCUCAGGCAUUAAUCAAAACGCCAUAACACCUCUGAAUUAGUAACAUACACUAUUCCAGACUAACUCUAACUUGAUCAUUUGAACUACAAACAUUAUCAACAACUGCUAUGGCACUCCAUCUCUCUGGCUUGCCUAUGCCUCAUUCACAGCCCCAGGUUCAGAGUCUUUACAGAGGUCGACAUAGAUACCAUCUACAAACAGCGCAUGAUGGCGUUUUAAUAAUUCCACAAGUUAGAUGUUCAGUGACAGCGACUAUACAAACUUCCACUGCUCCACAUCCACGACGAUCUGCAAAUUACCAGUCAACCAUUUGGAAUUACAAUUUUCUCCAGGCGCUAAGUAUUGAUAAGUUGGACGAAGAAUGCGAGAACAGGGCAAAGAAGCUGGAGGAGGAGGUGAGGUCUAUGAUGAACAAUGAAAAUGCAGAAUUGUUGAGCGUUCUUGAGCUGAUUGAUGACAUUCAGCGGCUAGGUUUGGGAUACCGUUUCCAGAAGGACAUAAAGAGGGCUCUUGAUAGAAUUAAUUUGUGCUGGGAAGAAUAUGAAGAUGAUGCCCAAGAAGAAAACAAACUCCAUUAUGCUGCUUUAAGAUUCAGGCUCCUUAGACAACAUGGUUAUCACAUCUCUCAAGAUAUUUUCAAGAUUUUCGUUGACAAAGAAGGCCAUUACAUGGAAUACUUUGACAAGGAUGUUAAAGGAUUGCUAAGUUUGUACGAAGCUUCAUAUCUUGCCUUUGAAGGAGAAAAACUCUUAGAUGAGGCCAGAACUUUCUCAAGAACACAUCUCACUCAAUUAAAGAGAGACACAGACUCAACCAUAUCAGAUCUUGUUACUCAUGCUUUAGAGCUUCCGUUGCAUCAUAGAACGCAAAGGCUGGAAGCUCGGUGGUAUAUUGAAAUCUACAGUAAAAAAAUUAACGCAAAUUACUCGCUACUUGAGUUUGCCCAACUGGACUUUAACCGGGUGCAAGCGAUAUACAAAACAGAUCUUAAAGAUAUGUCAAGGUGGUGGAAAGAAAUUGAUCUAGCAAACAAGUUGUCAUUUGCUAGGGACAGGCUGAUGGAAUGCUUCUUUUGGACGGUUGGAAUGUUCCCAGAUCCACAAUUUAGUAAUUGCCGUAAGGGACUGACGAAAGUGACCUUAUUUAUUACAAUCCUUGAUGAUGUCUAUGACGUAUAUGGGACUCUGGAUGAAUUGGAGGUUUUUACAGAUGCGAUUGAAAGAUGGGAUAUCGAUUGUGUGAAUCAGCUUCCAGACUACAUGAAAUUAUGCUUCCUGGCACUCUACAACAGUGUUAAUGAGAUGGGUUAUGACACUCUAAAAAAACAAGGAGUGAACAUUAUUCCGUCCCUAGCGAAAGCGUGGGGUGACAUGUGUAAAGCAUUUUUAGAAGAAGCAAAAUGGAGUUACAACAAACACACGCCAACAUUUGAGGAAUAUCUUGACAAUGCGUGGCGAUCAGUAUCGGGGACACUAAUUCUGGUUCAUUCCUACUUUUUACUGAAUCAAGGCAUCACCGACGAAGCACUUAACUCUUUAGAAAAGUAUCAUAAUCUGUUGCGCUGGCCAUCCGUUAUUUUUCGACUUUGCAAUGAUUUAAGUACUUCAAAGGCUGAGAUAGAGAGAGGUGAAACCGCAAGUUCAAUAUUAUGCUAUAUGCAAGAAACAGGUUUACCGGAGGAAGUUGCUCGUGAAGAUAUAAGGAAGCUCAUUGAGAAAACCUAGAAACAAAUGAAUAAGGAUCUGAGUGAUAAGCAUCCAUUUGCAGAAGCUUUUGUAGAAACAGCUAUUAAUCUUGCUCGGAUAGCCCAAUGCACGUACCAAAAUGGAGAUGGGCAUGGAGCUCCAGAUGUUAGAGCUAAGAAAAGAGUCCUAUCAAUAAUAAUUGAACCCAUUUCAAUCGUACACAGACAAGUAACAUCACAAUUAGUAAGUUGAAUAGAAACGGUAAUCAGACCCACAGAUUCAACACUAAUAAUGGAAGAUAUGGUUUACAUGUAUUAACCAAAUGUCAUGUAAUCAAGGUAAGAGCAUUAUCCAUGUAUGUGAAAUAGUUAUAUGUAAUAAUAAUGGUGUUUAUACUAUAAUAUUACUGAUAAGAAUUCUGAA